UGAGUUCUCUCGCGAGAUUUUUCGUGCUGACCUUGCUUAGAGUUUGGUUUGGAGAUGGGGUACUGGGAUGUUCCAGAGGGUACCGACUGCAUUCAGAAAACAUGGAUCAGCGCCAAACUUGGCACAGCUCUGGGUCUGGUCGGAUCAGCCUAUCACCUCAUAGUGUACCCGCCUGAGACUGCCUUAGCAGCCCUGCAGCGGACCACCAGCGCUACUGUCACCAUGGCCACCAUGGGAGCUGUCUUUGGAAUGACAACAUGUCUCAUUGCUCAGGCCCGAGAAGCUCCCGAUGACCCUCUAAAUUAUUUUAUUGGGGGCUGCGCCUCAGGGGUCAUUCUUGGAGCCAAAACUCACAACGCCAUGACGGGGACUACAGCCUGUCUUGGUCUGGGUACCUUGGCCUUUUUCACCAAAGUUGGUAAAAUGGAAGGAUGGAGACUCUUUGGUCCUCCCAGACUUUAGGAUGAAGACCACUUCAGACUAACUGAAAUUGUUUCUGUAAAAAUAUAUUAUGUAAUAAAGUUCCAGUAAAAAGAAA